AUGAAGACGCUCACGCCCGAGCUCGCGAGCGCGCGAACCAUCGGCGACGCGUGCGCGCUCAAAGCUUGCUCCCUGAACGCCGUCGAAGACGACGUCCUGGCGCGCGCGGAAACGACUUCCGGGGCGAUUAAAAAGCUCGACGUGAGCGAAAAUGCGUUGAGCGACUUGUCGGGCGUGCGAUCGACGUCGCUGACGUGGUUCUCGUGCGCGAAUAACGUGUUAAAGUCGGACGCCUUGGCGGCGCUGGGACAAAACUGUCCUCGGAUUCGCACGCUGAAUGUGAGCGGAAACGACGGCUUGCGCACGCUGCGCGGGGUAGAAAACAUGCACGCACUGGCGGCUCUUAUCGCGAAAGAGUGCGGUCUGCGAGAUAUCGAUCACGUGCGUGGGUUGAAGGAAUUGAACACGUUGGCGUGCGCCGAGUGCGAGCUGCGGGACGUCGGCGACGCGUUGAGCGAAAGUCCGGCGCUUCGCAAGGUGAAUCUGUCGAAAAACGCCCUGUCCAAGCUCGGAAUAGAUGCGUUGCAGUCAUCCAGGGGGUUAAGAGAGUUGCGCGUGGCGCACAACGAGUUGAAGACGAUUCCGCCGUGCGUGGCGAAGACGCCGAAUUUGCGGAUAUUAGACGUCGGGUACAAUAAGAUUUCGGAUUGGGGCGAUUUGAGCGCGCUGCGCGAGCUCAAUCGUCUGGAACAGUUGACACUGCGUGGGUGCCCGAUCGCAAACGAUCCAGAGUACGCGGAGAAGAUCACGCGCAUGUGCCCCGGGUUGAAAUUACUAGACGGCAGGAAGCCUCGAGACGCGCGAGGGCGACCGCCGGAACGAGCGGACGCGACGAGCGACGAUGAGCUCGACGAUAUCGAUCCGGAAGAAAAAUCGAAGAAGAGGAAGAAAGUAAAGGAUAGCGUGAAGGGACGAGACGGUGAAAAGGAUGACGACGGCGGCGGCGGUGAAAGCGAACGUAGCUUUGUGGAACUCUUCGUGGCAAAGAACAAAGGAAAAGUAUUAGAUGGCGACGGCGCAGUGGCGACGCACGAAGAGGAGAAGGAUCCAACAAAGCGCACGGGAUUGAUAGGCGUGUUCGAGAACAAGGAUUUGAAACGCAAAGGGCCAUGCGGUAGCGCGGCGUUCAAAGCUUUAUUGAAAAAUGAUGCGGGGACGGGCUUGAACGCGGGGACGUGGGACGAAGACGACGUGACGAUGCAAAAGACGAAGAAGAAGAAGAAAGAAGGAACAACGGAUUCGACCGAAAAGAAGAAAAAGAAAAAGAAGGAUUUGCGCGAAAUGACUCCCGAGGAACGUAAAGAACACUUGCGGAUGCAGCGCAAACGUGGUUAUUAA